AUGCAACCAAAUCACUGCGACCUUUUAGGUCAGGUGCGAGAGCCCAGAGCCGCAAGUCAACUGAUGCGCGAUGGCCAGUCGCGAGAACAUGGUCAGCCUCGACCGUCUGGUGCGGCACCCAUGAGAUCCGAAGAUUCGUGGAUCGAAGUAUCAUCCCAGCCAUCGUCCUCAUCUUUAUCCUCAGCCGCUACAAGCGAUGAUAUCAUUACAACUGGCCUUAGAGUUGAGCAUCGCCAGGUAGGCAUGAAUCCACGCCGUACCCGACGACAGCGCAUGCAGCAUUUGGCGGCUGUCACAACGGCCCAGGUGGACUACUCAUCGCGAGAUGCCAGUCUUGCGAGCAGUAGCCAAGAAGAAUAUGAUGAGAGCGAGAGUGAUCCUGAUCCAAAUAUGUCAAGUUCAAAUGAAGAUAUUCACCGACCAACCCUACCUAUCCCACGGUCUGUACCAUCAGCUCAGUCCGAUGAAGCCUCCAGUGAAGAUGAGGAUGAGGAUGACGCCUCCACUGCGUUGGGAAUGGGAAUUAGCCCAUCUCCAUUCAUUCCACAACCAAACGUAUUUACUCAUCCACCACUUAUCAACGAUCCCUCCUGGACUCGCCCAAGUGAAUCUCGUCGUUCACAACCGAGUGUCCUGUCCAACUCGAGUAGGCGUACUGCUAUUCGACGAGACUCUUAUAAUAAUAGCACCCGCAAUCACCGCCGAACACAAUCCCAACAUAGUCCUUACAAUAUGAUCUCGCCAUCCCACCAUGCAGAUCACGAUGCCGCUCUCCGAGCCAGCUUAUCAACUCUCCUCUCAUGUGCCGCUGCUGCUAGAGGACUACCCAAACCCGAGAACCAACAGAACUCAUCUCCUGGUCCAUCACGUCCUGCUCAACCUUCAUCAUUUCGACUGGUUGGUGAAUCCGUCGCCAUUGGAGGCGAAAGCGACGAAGAGAAUGAUUUGUCGCCCCGAUAUACAGAGACAAGUCCCCCAUUGGGUCCUCGAAUCCGUGGUCCUCCUCGCUCACCCUCCAGCCAAGUCAACAAAGCCAAGCGAAGGUCUGUAUCCCCAAAGGAUCGCAGUGCCUCAUCUAAGAAGAGCCGCCGUGCAAGUCUUGCAGAACCUACUGCCCCGGCCAGCCCUACUAUCAUGACCUGGGUGAUUAGUGCUGGAGUGGUAGUAUUGUUCUCAGCAAUCAGCUUUUCAGCUGGCUACAUGAUCGGACGUGAAGUCGGUCGAACGGAGAUGGGUAUUAUGGACGGAGGUGUUCCAGCUGCCCGUUCCUCGGCAGGAUGUGGCCAUGAAGCGGUUCGAGGUGGCCUCAGGCGACUCCGCUGGGGUACAGCGGCAGCUGGAUCGGCAAGCCUGGCCUAA